AUGUUAGAUGAAAUUCAUAGACAAGAACGUGAAGAGAUGGAAAAGAAACUUCAAGCAAAAGAUGAAGUCAUUGAAGCAAAAGACAAAAACAUACAGAAAAGAAUACCACGUUCGGUACCAAAAGGAAAGGAAAAGAACUAUAAGUAUAUGAUUUAUACUGAAGAGAUGGAAAAUGAAGAAGACAGAGAUAUGGUUAUGUUGCAUUUAGUCAGAAGAAACAACAAAAGCUUUUACGACCUUGCUAAGAUUUACAAAUCUGACAGAAAUUGGUUCUAUCGCGAAAACUUACCGAUUUCAAUGACCCCAAAUGAAGAUGUGAAACAAAUAGUUCAAGAUACGUUACCUCAAACACACUAUGAUAUUAAAGGUUGUACAAUACUUACCUUCAAAGAAGAUUUGCCAUUGUUAAAGGAAAAAAUAACAGAGUAUUUUGACAACUUCAAACAAGCAGAGUAA